GGAUGAGACUUUCUUUUUUUAUUUUUUGUGUUCAUGUGUUCAGAACAGAUUGUUAGUUUAUUCGUGUAGUCUGUUAUAUUGUACAUCGUUUGAAUUUCAUUCUUCAAAUAAUCACGUUCAUAUUGAGUAAAGCUAUACUUUCUCUUACCAACUUUUACAAAAUCCUACCUGCUCUAUAAUUUAAUUGGAUCAUCUCCCUGCUUAAAGCAGUUAUUUUAAUAAAAGAUUAUCAAUUAGAAAUACCACAAUGAAGGACGUUAUUGAUGUUAUGGAAUUACAAAGAGAAAAAAACCGUAAAAUUCAGCCUUUGGAUUAUAGGCAAAUGGAUUUUGCGAGUGGAUUUACACCUGCACGGUUUAUAUUUGAAUGUGGAAUGAAACUGCAAGCCCAGCCUCUUACAAUUGCUACUGCGGCUAUUCUCAUGCACAGAUUCUUCAAAGAAGUAGAUUCAUCGAACUAUGAUCACUACUUGAUUGCAGCCUCAACCCUUUAUUUGGCUGGUAAAGUUAAGGAUGAUCCGCUCAAGAUUCGUGAUAUAAUUAAUGUAGCUCAUAAUACAUUACAUAGAGGAAGUGGACCACUAGAAAUAGGUGAUGAAUAUUGGAAUAUGCGGGAUGCUAUAGUUCAAGCUGAACUUUUGAUAAUGCGUGUUCUCAAGUUUGAAGUUUCUAUAGUACAUCCACAUAAAUAUAUGCUUCAUUAUUUACGAACACUAGAAGGAUGGAUUGGUAAAGAGAAAUGGAGCAAUAGCCCAAUUGCUAGGACAGCAGCUGCUUUCCUUCAGGAUUAUCAUCAUGACCCGAGCAUACUGGACUACCCGCCCCAACAUAUAGCCAUUGCUUGUAUUUCAUUGGCACUUCAAUGUUAUGGAAUUACUUUACCUUUAAUUGAAGAAAAUGAGGAUGAAAUGUGGUAUUCAGUAUUUGUGAAGGAUUUGCAAAAGGAUAAGCACUGGGAAAUUAUGGAGAAAAUCAUGGAAGUGUACAACAAAGAACCAGAAACUGUUUAAUUGUUUUUCAGUAGCUUUUUACAUCACAAGUAAAAUAACGAACUUUAUGCAUUUUAGUUAAGUAAAAAUGAAAGUAUUUUUUGCAUCAAUACAAUUAUUAGGAGACAAUGGAUUCACUGGUAUUACUUUAAAUAUUGUUUUUUUUACAAAAUAAACGGUGAUGCUUCAAA